AUGAAGUCUUCUGUUAUAUUGUUUCUCUUUGCCCUUUUCAUCGUGGGGGUUCAAAGCCAAAGUAUCCAGGACCAGUACCGUAGAGCGACUCGGCUAGUCAGAUACAACAACAUCAACUACUACUGGUACGGUAACUAUGUGUACGACGCGAGUCACCCACUGAAAUGUGAAUAUCCAAUCGACCUGUCUGCUGACAAAGAGUUUCAAAACGUCACCUAUCCGGACGGCUCGAAGCCACCAUCCCUGCAAUUCGGAUGUCUCAACUAUGAAGAUUGCUGUGGUUUGGAGUGUUGUGGUGAUAGUCGGACUUCUACUGUACUUAUUUGUGGAAUCUUCCUGGUCACCCUGGCUUCCUGUGUCGGUUAUAAAAAGUACCAAAGAUACCAGAUCAAAAAAAGCGACGAGAUGGCAAUGGCCACCACAAAUAGUGCUUUGCAACCCUUGCUCGAUGACACAAAUAUUGAAGUUCAUGCUGUCUAA